CCUCUCUCUCCCUCGCCCACUCCCUCUCCUCGCCUCUCCUCGCCCUCCGCCACUCUGAGCAGAAGCACACACACAAAAACCAGGCAGCAUCACUUCAUCCACUCCUGACUUCUACCUCUACAGACUCUGGUGGGGAAAUAUUUCUACACAUAUUUUCAGUCAUUAUCUUUUUUCAUGAUGAUUCAUUUAUCGGAUUUCCAUCCAUCAUCGAAGCCGCCAUUUUUUCAAAGGCUUUUUCUCAAGAGAAGGCUGAUUCCUGCCUUUGACUGCUAAAGUUUCCAGAGACGUAUGUUCAGUUUUUGAACUAUUUUUCGACUUUUGCAUCACGCUUUAUUUUGCUGUUAGUUCUCAUCACGUAGUCAUUUCCUUUUCUACCUCUUCCUGUGCUUCUGCUUCCUUUCUGUCACGUUUGACAUUAUUUGACUUUAUGACUGUCUCAGGUGUUUUCUUUAUGGGCACAAACUGAGUAUACACAACAGUUUUCCUGUUUUUGUUUUAGCAAUUUUUCUAUUGCUAAAAUUGUAACCAUCCCCAUCAAGGGCAAAGCACAAGGUAAGCCUGGCUUCCAAACUGAAUCCUACUCAGCUGUCUUAGUUGUUUUCUAUUUCGUCACAACAUGUGGUCUACCUUUUUUGUGACCGAUGAGGAGGGCCGCACGAUUGGUCCGGCGGUGCCAGGGACGAUGGCUGCACCGGGAGGAGCACCCCAGGGUGCGGGAGGUCUGACCGGCCUCAUGACUGCACGCGGGAACAAGCGCCGCAGGACGACGUCAACAGGACACGCCAUGAGUGAGGCCCAGGAGGGGAAGAUCAAGUUGGCAUUCUUCGUGGCCAUCGUGGGCGUAGUCCUGACAGUCCUUGGGAUGGGGACAGAGUUCUGGGUGGAGCUGGCACCUCCUAAGAGUUACUAUAACAACCAGACAUGUCUGACAGCUCACUACGGCCUGUGGAAGGGCUGCACCAAGACCUUGUGGGUGUCUGAUAUCGACCCAGAGAGAGAGAGCUGUGGACCUGCUGAACUACCCGGAGAAUCAAACUGCACCUACUUCAAGUUUUUCACCACGGGGGAAAAUCUUGUGUUGUUUCAGAAGACAACACAGAAGAGCGUCCUGGUUCUUAUCUCCCUGAUAGUUUUCCACCAGUCCGUCCUGGCCUUCCUGGCCAGCGACCACACGGUUCCUCUCCACCACGAGCUCUCCUGGUCGGUGUCGUGCAUUGGCUGUGCGGGGGGCGUCCUCAUCGUGGGUGGGAUCCUCUUCCUGCUGUUGGCGCUGCCCUACAGCCCCUGGCGGAGGUGUCUCCCUCAGAGGGACAGCAGCAGCUAGUGGCCCGGAGGUGGUGUUGCACUUUAUCUGUCCUUUCUGAUUGUGAGGAGGGAGGGUGCGGAGGGGUGUGGGUGUUUCCCAAAGACGUCUGAGCAAAGAAAUCAUUUUUGAUGUGACCUUAAAGGCAUCAUGAGCAUGUUUUACGGGAGAGGGAUGGGAGAUUCACAGACAUGCACAAAACACAUACCUGUGCAAUAUUCUUGUUUAGUAUGAACUUUAAAAUAAGUACUUUUUAAAUAAUUGUCACUCUCGAUCCCUUUACCCUGUGAAGUAUUGUUGAAGUUUAUCCUGUUCACCAACAUGGAGACAGCUAGGUGCUAAUGCCACGUUACAGUGAAAUAUCCCUUUUGUGUGAACAAAUGUGGUGAUCUUAAUGCUCAGGUGUGGUUGGGAAACAGUCCUGUUUUGUCUUAUACUAUCCUGCAGGGUUUGGAGGCAAUUUACUGUUAGUUCAUUCAAUAAAUUCACGUCCUUUGCAACUCCUAACUUUUUUUUUUCAAAUACUAGCUAUUACACUCCUUUGAUAUGAACUCAUUGUCAAACAAUAAUUCACAAAAACACUGUUUUAAAAAGUGUAGCAGCUAAAAGAAGUGAUUUAAUUCAACAGUUUUAAUGUUACUCAUUAGCUGGAAGGCUAGCUAACAUGCUCAGCUAACCUGAAUGCUAACAUGUUUAUGAAGCAUGUCAUAUUGAUGAAUAGUCAAAUGUUGGCUACUUCAUUUAUCUACCUUUAUCUAAAGCUACCACGAGGAACUUUCAUUUUGGGUUGAUGUUGGCGGUCCCUGUGGACAAAAGCGGUAGUGUUUCUGAGCACCAGAGUCCCUUUAGAAAACCUCUCAUUUUACUGGAGCAGUGUCUGACAGUCUGCCCCGCUCAGUCCUGGUUCUGGUUCUCCCGUGUCUCCCUUCUCUCCAGUGGGCCCAGCAAUACGGCCUGGACCUCCAGCAGCGUGGUGUUGGAGUUGGUUCCCAGCGGGGACCGGAAGCUCUGCUCCUGGCCGGAGGAGGAGCCGCUGCUGCCGGGGGCGGAGCUCUCGACCUCCCGCUGGAGCUCCGACUACAGGUUGAAGGCGGCAGCGAAGUCUUUAGUGUAUAAUCACCUGAAAAUAAGACACUGUGCUCUUACAACAAGUGGCUCUAGAGAGGGACAUUGGCAUUUUUGCAUUGGUCACCGUAGCAAUCCUACAUGCUUGGCACACGGGAGAAGCAGGGGAGAAGUUUUAAUCUGCAACCUGACCGCUACAUAUCGCCAGAUCCUACACACUGUUUUAAUUGAGACUGUUUCCUAACCCGUUAAAAGUUCCUUGUAGUAACUUUAAAGAGGACAUUUAUUAUUAAUGCUGGAAUUUUAAACCACUAACUAAUUAACCUUAAACCUUAAUUAAAACUACACUGAAUGAACAGAACAGUUUAUUGACCUCCAAUCUGAGAACCUCAUUUUAAGAAACUAGUUUUUUCUCAGUGAUGUGUGAAAAAAAACAUAUUCUAUUUGUCUUUAUCUGUCUGAGCCUUUCUGCUGUCAUUGUUGGAAGUCUUGUUGUUCACCAGUCAACAUUGAGGAAGACAUUAAUUUGAAAUACAUUUCCUGCUUCGUCAUGUGACAGGGCUCUCAUUUUGUAAUGGUACAAAGAAAUCCAGAUUUUUUUCAUUUAUCAUCAAUAUUCAUUUAUUUCAAGCUUUAUAUUUAUUAUAUGUUUCUGGUCAUGAGCGCGAUGAUGAACACAACCUGUCUUUUUAUCAUUUACAUAUUUCACAUUGUAUAGCAGAUACAACAUACACUGUAAGAAGAGCACUAUUUUAAAUUAAGUGUAAGGUAGUUGCGGCACUGUGUAAAUGGUUUGACAAGCAGAUACAACUAGAAGACAUUGUAAAGAUUUAUGUUGGUGUAGAAGGUAUAAAGUGAGGCGCUGCCAUGUUGUUGUUACUUUUAGUGUUUUCCUUGAAUGAUUGAUGUUAGAACAAAGUGCUUCUCUGUGCCUGAAUGGAAGUUGAACUGUCACUGCUACUUUUUUUGAUCUGAAUCGAUUGAGUAUGAAUGACUUCAUUUUAUUAUUAAACAUGACAUGAAUAUUUAAUGUCA